ACAGGUUAGCUGCGUCUAAUUUUUGGCGAGGAAGACUUCCUUGUGUUUCUCUGCUCAUGACACUGUAUUACACUGUAUUACAUUACUCAAAGGCAACAUGAAGCACCAUACAACGUGGACGUCGACUCUACUUACUAGUCUUAUUGCUAUAAUCGGUUUGAUGUGCGGGGCAUAUAGUACUGACCCCUGUACUGACUACCGCGAGCUAAACCAAGUCAGGCGGAGUUCAGCAGCCGAGGUACAGGCCGGACACUCUCUCCUGUGUGACAACACCCUAUCAAAAGACUGGUACCGGUUCAUAAGUUAUGUCGGCGGUGAGAUCCCUACAACAUGUGUGGAGCCGUACCACUGUGGAACCCAGGUUCCUAUAUGGAUGAACGGAACACUACCGACAGACAGUACUGUAGUCAACAGAACGGUUUGUCCUAACUACGGUGUGCCGGGGAAUUGUUGUCCUUUCCCGUGGAACAUCCAGGUCAAACGGUGUGUGGAUACACAAGGGGUUUUCUACGUGUACGAGUUGGUGCCAUCGACUAGCUGUUCUCAGGCCUACUGUGCAGGAACACUCCCAAUAUGUCCAGAAGGAGAGGUGUAUGACCAAUACAACGACAUUUGUUUGGAAACCCGGCACCCAGUGCCCUGUGACUUUGAGGCUAUAGGAACUUGUGAGUGGCACCAACAGACAGAUGACGAGUUUGACUGGGUGAAACAAACAGCUGGAGAAGGAGACAAUCAUCUUCCUACAGAUGGAGGACAUUUCCUGUAUGUUGGUAGUGACACCGGUCAGCAGCCAUUGGAUACAGCCAAAAUUAUCGGUCCUGUCAUUGUACCGUCUGUGGUUCGGCCGUGCAAUAUGACAUUUAGUUACUACUUCUCUGGGCCAGACGCCGGAGACCUGGACGUGUUUACCCGUCAGUACUACACAGGAGUGGAGAGGUCGGCAUGGCAGGAGUCAGCGGGAACUGCAGGGGUGUGGGCACAGGGAACUGUCUCAUUUCAGGAGCAAGACCCGUUUCAGGUGAUUCUUCAGGGUGUGAUCGGGUACAGUCGAGAUGUCAGGAUUGCAAUUGACGAUAUUUCGUUCUCAUGGGACUGUGUGCGAGAAGUUGACGGGAGUGUCCGCCUAGUUGACGGUUCUCGGUUCGACGAAGGCCGUGUGGAGAUCUACUACAACCACCGCUGGGGAACCAUCUGUAACAUCGGCUGGACACAGACUAGCGCUGAUGUGGUGUGUGCUCAACUGGGGUACAGGGCGUCUGUCUGGACAGAUUCAACGUACCCUGCGCCUGAUUCAACACCCAUCCUACUAGAUGACGUCACCUGCGACUCCAGGAACAAGUCUAGAAUCACGGAAUGUCGCACGAAGCCGUGGGAAAACUGGAGUCCGCUUUGUAACCACGCAAGGGACGUUUCUGUAAGAUGUGUGGGUCAGUGGCACCAAUGCAGACCAGACCAGUUUGUAUGUGACAACGCUGUCUGUCUGCCUCAAACUACCCAGUGUGACUUCACAGACGACUGCGGGGAUCGAAGUGAUGAAAGUGAUUGUGGAAGCUACCCUGGAAGAUGUAACUUCCAGAAUGGCUUGUGUAACUGGAUCCAACUGAAAAGUGACAGUGCCGACUGGACACGGGGACUUGGUGGGUCAGAAACUGGGGUUCCGUUGGUUGACCACGAGGGUAAAACAGAUGGAUAUUUCCUGUACCUAACUGGCGCAAAGGAAGCAACUUCCUACUUGCUGCUUCCUACAUACUUCAUUUCCAAUAAUAACAACUGUUCACUGUUGUUUCACUACUACAUGAACAUCGGCGACGCAAGCCUGUCUGUUCGUGUCGCAUCAAGGACGGGAGCGAGGCUAGAAUGGCAGCAAAGUGUUCCACAAGGUCCUACCUGGCUCAAACAAGAGGUGCCAAUCACAGAAAGAACAACAUUUCAGGUCUCUUUCCAAGGGUAUAUUGGGACGCCGUCUGAGGGGUCGAUAGCUAUAGAUGACAUAACGUUAACGCCCGGCUGUAUUAUUGAUAAUGACGGUUGUACAGCGACAUCGGCCACCUUUAAAUGCGGCAGUGGUGAAUGCAUUUCAUUGGACUAUGUGUGUGACUAUCAAGAUAACUGCGUGGAUGGAAGCGACGAAUCAGACUGCAAUAAAGGACCAGGACGAUGUAAUUUCGAAGAAAACUGGUGUUCUUGGUCAGCUGGUUCAGGUGACAUAGAAUUCCAACGGGGCAGAGAAUCAACAAGUACUAGUGGCACUGGGCCAACGGUGGACCACACUCAUCAAAACCCAAUAGGCUUCUACAUAUUCAUCGACUCGUCAGGCAGCCGUGAAGGAGAGAAAGCCCAGCUCGUCAGUCCUGUCUUUACGGAUGACACCUUUUGUCAGUUUCGAUUCUUCUACCACAUGCAAGGCCGUAACAUCGGCAGUCUGCAUGUUCUGGUAAGGGAUGUGAAAAAUGGAUCAACGGAAGAAGUGUGGAGACGACAGGGCCAACAGGGGAGGGGCUGGCUCUUUGGUUCGGUCAGCAUUGGCACUAAGAACAGGAACUAUCAGGUUCUUCUAGAAGCCGUGGUUGGGAAUGGAGACCAGGGUGACAUAGCUGUCGACGAUGUGUCUUUCGCCACAUAUUGUACUCUCCACACAGAAGGUGACCGAGAUGGGAUGUCGUCCACAUCAGUCACAAUCAUCGCUGUGUCCAGCGUGGCAGUAGUGCUGGUAGGCAUCGGUCUGGCCGUCGUCAUUGUCUACUGGAGACGUAAGAAGAUAAAGAAAGAAAGAUAUCGCAACAACAACCAGAAUAACAGCCACCAGCUUGAACGUCAGCCAGCUCGACCAGAACUUGGAGAUGGGAACCUCAGAACCUACGAAGACUUAAGGGGGAUGACUACAAAUAAUUAUGAGUCCUUAAUUGAUGCAGGACGGUCUGUUCCUCAAGCAGAAAAGUUUGAACCUGACGGAGCAUACGCCAUUCCUGCAUACGCGUCAUCCAAAGAUCUAUUCUCAGUGGACAGCAGCAGCCAGGCGUCACUGGUGAAGAACACCGUUGGUAUGGCAACGGCUGGGAACGAAAAUAACUACACGAUGUUAGUUGAUGACCAACUUCGGAACUUCCUGAAGAUAAACGGCUUCGAUGACUACAUCAACAUCAUGGCAGAAAAUCAUUUCACGUAUGAACACCUUCAGUCACGUAAAGAGGUAGACCUGAUAAACAUCGGCGUACCUCUUGCUAAAGCACAUGCUAUUCUGUCAGCUUUCCGGGGCGAGGGGACCUACGAAUAUACUAGGUCCAAUGAAAUUAUCCCCAGUAAAUAUAUCUGCCCGAUAAGCAACAGUGUAAUGAAAGACCCAGUGCGUGCAAACGAUGGUUGUAUCUAUGACAGGGCAGCCAUAACUGCUUGGUAUGAAAGAAAUGGCUGCACACCAAACCUGAAAGCUCAUACGCUAGACCUUCAGCCAGUUGACGAUCUACGUGAAGAGAUUGAAAAAUUCCGCAAAAGGCGUCAGAACAGGGCAAAUAACAGUCAGUCUGGUCAUGAUGUUAGACCGGACUCUGCUCAGUCAGACUCAUCCAGGUGUGCCACUCCAAUGACAGAUGUUGACUGCUAAGUUUCACACAGAACUUACGGAACGCCAUGUUCAACUUUAACUGGUUUCUUGGACGUUUGUAAAAAAACGUCUACUCUUACUAGAAAGCCACAUGAGUCGUAAUGUAAACAAAGGGAUAAGAAAGUUAGCAGUGGCAUGUAUUGGUGGCUACACGUAUUGUUACGCCAUUAGUUUAAUUAUACUAUAUAGCUUGUUGUCUUAUAGAAUAUACUUAGUUUCCCUUACAUUGUACUUAUACAAUAUACUUAGUUUGCCUUACAUUGUAACCGUUUACAAAUGUUGUGCAAUAAACCUGACUUGACUUGA